AUGGAGUGAUUGAAUCGGAGGGGUUGGCAGACAGGGGGAUGACUCGUGAGUUUGAUUGAGACGGGUUAACUUCUAUCUCGAGAGGCUGACACAACGCACGUCAAACCAUGGUCCUGUUGCAGCGGUGCGUUUUUAAGAGAAUUCUACAACAGUUUUAUUCCGGGAAUCAAGGAAACACCAAAAGUCUGCUGUCAGCUGGGAUCACUGCGCUGCCGGCUGGAGACGGAGCUGCCGGGCACAGGAGAAAAUCAACUAUUCCAGACAUAAGGGAGCGGACUCUUAUUGCUGUAAAGCCAGAUGGAGUUCAACGUCGUCUUGUAGGACAGAUAAUGCAACGGUUUGAGCAGCGAGGCUUCAAGCUGGUCGGACUGAAAAUGUUGCAGGUGUCUGAUGAUCUGCUGUCUCAGCACUACUGUGAACUGAGGACUAAGCCCUUCUACCCCAGGCUGCUGCAUUACAUGACCUCAGGGCCUGUGGUUGCCAUGGUGUGGGAAGGGCACAAGGUAGUCCAGACGUCACGUACAAUGGUGGGACAUACUAACCCAGCGGAGGCCCAGGCAGGCACAGUCAGAGGAGAUUUCAGCUUUCAUGUCAGCAGGAAUGUGGUUCAUGCCAGUGAUUCACUGGAAGGGGCACAAAGGGAGAUCCAGCUGUGGUUUCAGAGAAAGGAGCUCCUGAACUGGGACUGCUGUGACCAGACCAUCACGUGUGAGGUGUGA